UUAAUACCACCCCCAUUUACCAGCACCACCGCAAACCCUCCUCCACCUCCUCCUCCCAACAGCAGCUGUUCUUCGACUAUGACGACUCUGACGAUCGACAGUCCUACUGUCGACAUUGCGGCGAGGAGCUGGAGUCGAUCAGUUCGUCGCGUCGAUCUUCGAGAAGUCGACGUGAGAUGUCGCCCGUGGCUCGCACCCGCUCAAGUCAGACCGACAUCAUCAACAACAUCGAUUACGGCGAGGAGAGUGACGACAAACCGCCGCCUGAACACCCCAUCACCGACGCCUCAUCUGCCUACCGUUGGCAGCGCAGUGCCAGCUGCAAGGAGCUGGAUCGAGGGGAAACCCCCCACCCUCUCGACAUCCCUCAACCCCUCCUCGACAAGCCGAUCACCCGCUACGACGACACCCGUCGCUCCUGCUACAGUGUGUCCGGCAGCAAAACACCCUCCCUGGACCGCUCCCACGUCGACGCACCCGAAACCAAGGUGUACUCUAGCAGCUACCCGGGUACCACCUCUAGUCUAUCCACGGAAAGUGGUGGGGGAGAUGACUGUGUGCCCAACCUAGAAGCGGGGGGGAGUGUGUUGAUCAUUGACACCGGGUCCUCCCAUGAGGAGAUGGUGCUCAGUCAUGAUGAUCUCAGUCACGACUCCUACGAACUCCUCGAACGAGAACAUUGUGAGCUAUAUGGAGGUGAAUCACAUUCCCUCAGCAUCGACUCAGCCGGCGAACAACUGCCUGACGACGAAAUGUUCGUCAUGGAUGACGAUUUCGACAGCAAGGACAACUCUGACGUGGAGAAACGGUUGGGCUAUGUGGAGCCCCGUUAUGCAGGCAUGGACUUCAACGAGUUCAACGAGAAAUGCAAACAGGAGAUCGCUAACAAACGAGCGGUCGAGUUUCACGAAUUCGACGCCAAGUGUAAACCGGGCAUGGUGAUUGGGUUUGAUAGUGAGGCGGCGUCUACUUUACAACAUUUCCCGGUAGAGCGCACUAAAAGCGAUCCGUAUGUCAGUGAUUUCUGGAAGGUGGCCAAACAACACCGAAGGCUACUACACCAGAAAUCCAUAGACUUGACCCCUACUGAGAGUAGUGUGGAUUCCGGGGGAGCUGAGGAAUACAACAAAAAUGCACCAUGCACUAGUAAGAGUGUGAUAGACAUACCAUACACUCUACACAAACGACACCAUUUGGAUAUGUACGCCAGUGAGCGACCACAUCAUGAGUCAGUUGCUAGAUCGCCCCAACACAUCUCCCCCAAGUUGAGUCCGAUCUACGUGAGGAAGUCACCUGAAAAAUCACCUGACGUCAUCAGGAAAGCUAAAUCCCCCAAGAAGGUCACAAUUGAUAGCACAGAUCGGUUGUCGAAAACCAAAACCAAACCGGAUUUGAAUUCUCAAGACUCCGGGUUGUCUCUGUCGUUGGGUACGGAGAGUGUUGAUGAUCUACAGGAGGUGUUGUCCAGGAAUAUCGACAACAUCGACAAUAUUGUGGGCAUUGAGUUUGAAGGCAAGGGGGAUGCUGUGGAGAGAAAGAUCAUCAAAGAGAAGGUGGACAGUAGACAGAGUUCGUUUGAGAAUGUUGAAAUGGAUACGUUGAAAGUGGAUGAUGAUCGGUAUAAGUCGAGCAAGUCUAGCGGAAAGAAGGAGCAUUUCGUGAAGGGCAAAAGUGAGGAGAAUACUAGAUCUAGAAAAGGAACUCUGAGUAAAGUGAGACAUGUGCAUAGUGCCGAUGGAGGCAUGAGGAGAGACAGCUCGUUCGAUAAGAGAGAAGUGCAGGUGAUCAAGAUUGAUAGUGACAGCUCUCAAGAUGUAUGCUCGUGUGGCAGUGACAGGAAGGAGACCAGGCGUCGUGAUAUCAAGAGCUCCUCUCUGGACAGUUCAGACCCGGAUGUGAUCAUAGUUGAAUACAGGGGAAACCGAAAGAAGGCGUUCCAAAAACGUGCCUCGUCUGGAAGUAAGGACUCUACUGACAAAGAGAGCAAGGAUGUAAGGAGAGGUAGCAGCUUAGAUUUGCCUAAAAGCGGUGGCAGUAAAGAGAGCAAAAGGUCGGAUAAACAAAGUAAAGAUUUGAAACAGGAGUUCAAAGAUUCUAAGAAGAAAAGCGGUAAGUUGGAUAGGAAUAAAUUGAGCAAAGAGGAUAGCAGGGAGAAACAGAAAUCGUCGAAAACUGAGAGAGAUGCCAAACAUGCUGAGAGAAUGCUGAAGAAGGAGGACAGUUUGGAAGGCUAUGAUAAGGUUCUAAGUGAUGAUAAUCUGGAGAAACCGAAAUCGGAAUCUGUGACUUCGAUUGAGGAUGAGAGUACAGCUAUAGGGAUCCCAGACAAACGGAAAAGUAACACUAAAACCGUUGUUGUAAGUAUAGAGAAGGAGGAUAAUGAAGUCGUUAUUAUUGAAGAACCCACAGAGCUACAGAAGAGGAAGGAAAUGUUGAAAGAGAUACCUCUCAAGAAAAAUGAAGACGAUACUACAAAGAAAACCCCCGUGACAACACCCACUAAAAAACCGGUUGUAUCUCCUGAGACAACUUGGAAGAAGUUUGGAGAGCUGCCAGCACCCAUCUCUCACAAACGUGAGAGAUCUCCAAUAUUGUUUGCAAGGUUGGGUUUGUCAGAGGGCUCAACUUUUGCCCCCAACUACCGACAAGCCUCAGUGGUGUCCCCCUCCUCUUCAAGGCGCGCCAAAUCGCUGGAUGCUCCUGUGGUGUCUCUGCACAGAUUGCCUCCUGUCACAUCCUUCUCCAGCAAAGAUGACACUCUGGAGAACGAUGAGGAUGAAUUCGAGGAGAAGACUCAAAGACAUGGCAAACAGUUGCUGAAGGAUUCACUCAGACGAGAGGAGAACCAAAUCGAGGAGGAACAACUGGAAGAGAUUGUUGAAAGUGUGGAGAUGGUUGUUGUUGAGAAAAGCGCUGAGAAAGUUGAAGAGAAAAGUAGCAAAGAUAAGCCGAAAGUGGUUGAGAACAUCCAUAGACCGAUGGAGGACUUGACAGCUAUUGGUAAUUCAAGUGGGAGCUCAGUGGAGUUACCUGAAGAGUUGAGUAGUGCUGAUGAUAAUGCUUCAGGGGGAGUUAUGAAGGGAAGUAGAGACGACAUUUCUGUCACUCUGGAGAAACUUGAUGAGGUUGUAGAUAGGGUCAAAGACAAUACAUUCACUAACAAAAAGGGUACAAAAGUGGACAAUCUCGUUUUGGAUAACAAUGAACUGAAGGAAGGGUUGUCACCUUGUUUGUCGCCCAAUACUGACACUAAAUCUCCAUGCUUGUCACCCAAAGAUCUUCCACCUAGAUCGCCAUGUUUGUCCCCCAAUGAUCCCCCCCACUCCCCAUGCAGGGUGCCCGCCGGGGAGCCUUCACCCUGUGCUGAGAGGAGACCCAGCACCAGGAAGGAACGCUUAGACUCCUUCAAAAACACUAAAAGCUACUCAGUUGACAUAUGGACCUCGGAAGAGACAGAUGCCCCCGGUAUACCAACACUAGACGUUGAUGACAUCAAUAUUGAUUUCACAAGUAAUGAUUAUGAUGAUGAAACAUUCAUCACUGAACCAGAAAAGCCUGAUGAAGAAAGUGAUGACAAAUUGAAGGACAUCAAUAUCAAGGUUAUUGAAACAGUGAUUAAAACAACGGAGGAAGUUAUCAAGGUGAUUGAGUCUUGUAGUAGACGGUCUACAGUAGAUGAAGAUGUGGGGGAAGUGAAAGCGGCUGAAGUGAUGUCAACUGAAGAUGAGUGCUGGGAAUCAACCGAAGAAAUGCCCAAUGCUAGUGAGAAAAAUGUCACAACGACUGAUGGCGAAGAAACUGAGGAAGAUAAUAAGCAAGUAGUGGGGGAUAAAGUUGAAGAGGGGAAAGCAGAUGUGAAGGGUGAUGAAGGUGGUGAGGAACAGAAAAAGAAGAAAAUGUUGUCUGAAUUAAACCUGAGUUCUUCAACAGAAAGGGUGAGAGAAACAUUGAAAGAGAGUCUGCAACUGGAAGUGAUUGAACCAUUUGAUGAGCCUUCAACAUCCGGUGUCAGAUUUAUUCCUGAGAAGAGAAGUUUUGAUGAAGAGCCUUCCAGUAGUUCAUCAAAAUCAGUGAAACCUGAAUUGUCGUCAACUUGGAAACCGUUUCCAUUGGAAAGCUCUGGUAGCUCUAGUUUGGAGGAAGGCAUUUUCCCACCAGAUGACACAGGUCACUAUGCUGAUGAAGAGGAAGGCUCAAGUCAUUCCAACAAUGGACCCGAUGACUUUCCAACUGGGUUCGGUUACCCCAUGACUGGAGCCGAGAUGAUAAUCAGUGGGUACACUGGCGGCAUGUUUGGGCUUUCACGUACUCUGUCUAGAAUCAGUGAAAGGAGUACAACAUCUGAACAGGAGCGCAGUGAUUUUGAGGAUGAUAUCUCAACCAAACCAUCGUCAAGGUCGUUGUCAGUUGAUGAUGAGUCACUGCUUUCAAGUGAUCGGCAGCCGAGUUUGUCAUCUGAUCCUCCUUCGGCUACUGAUAUACCUUUUGAAGAUCGGGCUCUCCCUGAUCUGCCCCCUCUCCCCCCUGAACCCAGGAGAAGCACGUCACUGCUGCGUCGCCCCCUGCCCCUCACCCAGGAGGAGGAGUGGCCUUCUCCUCCCGACUCUGACUCACCGUUCGACACACCUGUCAUCAGUCACGUAGAAACCUUCUACAUGGAAAUCAAACCUGAGGAAGCCACCAAAGUGGUGGUGGUUGAUUCCAAGGAAGUGGACCCUGAUAACGGGGAGAGUUCAACAGAUGAGAAUAAAACUCUGCAAGAGGAAACGACAACUCAAAGUAUGGCGGAUGAGUCGGAGGGGACGGUGAAGUUGGCAGCAGUGCGUCCGAAGAGUCGGUUUGGCGGGAACUCGGCCAGUGAGGACACAUCGGUCGGGGUGUGCGCUGACUUCAGCAGUAGCAGUGGCACGGGCACAGGCACCACUGUCAAGCACUGCCAGUAUUACUCUUGCACUGUCAAAUCAGACGACAACAGCUCCUUGGCUGGCGACUUUGGCCUCUCACUUUCCACUGAAAUGAUAUCCAGCAGGAAAAGCAGUGACGAUGCCACUGAAAAGUUCCACACCAAACCAAGUGGGCUACGUUUGCCCCAAAGGAGUUUCGAUGAUUAUGAUUCACCCUGCACUGAUUCUGAUGAAGGCCAAGCUGCUGCGUUGAUAUCCCCCACUAGAACCACUUUGAAACGCAGGUUACAACAGAGUCCUUCCCACCAGUUCAUCGGGCAGAGAUCGGGGAGUGUUCCGUUGAGUCCUACGGGGGUUACAGGGAUCAAGAAGUUCAUGGAACACAGAUCGAAACAUAGAAUGGGGAUGAAGUGUACCCCGUAUUACUCAGCUCCCGUUCCGGUCAGUCAUGAGAUACGGGACGUGUCGGAGGCGAUAGAUCGUAGAGGAGGGGGGAGUGGUAGUUCGGGUACCUCAAGGUCCAUCGCUAGGUCCAAAUGCUAUUCGUAUUACUCGCUAGCCAGGGAUCCUCCCAGUGACGGAUCGUCUUCUUCGUUAGACAAUCAAGACCCGCCCACCGCACCAAACACAAUUCCGCGCGUCUCAAAGAAACGCCGCCAUCACGGCAACAGUCAGCUGAAGCGGUUCCGCCACCGCGUGUGCGUCGACAUGGAGGUGCGCGAUGGACACAUCGUGUCCGUCUCCAGUCCGUCCGUCAUUGUCGCCUGCGGACAGGAUAAAGACAACAACGGACGGCAACAAACUGCGCGGGAAGCGAAACCCGACAACGGUAGUCGGUCUACUGCCGCUGCCUCACAACAACAACAGCUGACCAAACAGUCGUCGGUUUGAACAACAAAACAAAAAUGACUGCCACUUUUCACUGAAUAACAGCAUAGACAGUCUUCCGUUUGAACAUAACCAAUGAAAUUGGUUACUGCCACUCUAAACAAUCAUUGAUUUGAACAAGUUGCAAUUAAAUUUUUCUGCCACAUUCCACUAGAAUAACAGCAUCGACAGUUGUCGGUUUGAACAAAACGUAUUGAAAUGUUAAUGUAACUUUUCACUGAAAUAACAUCAGCUACUGUGAGAUUCUCUUUGAAAUGUCAGCAUUGUUUGAAUAUGGUUCAUUAAUGAUAGAUUUAUAGGGAAUGCUGACUGAUUAAAAAGUGAAUCUCACUAUGGUCACUAGGGCCCGGUUGCACAAAAGCCUGUUGAAUUUUAAUCAUGAUUAAAUGUCACUAAUGAGUGAAGGCUUUUUUGGAAAGAAGGCUUCUCUGAUUGGUUCUUGUGCAUUUAAUCACGGUUAAAAUUCAACAGGCUUUUGUGCAACUGGGCCUUAAACAAACAAAUGACGGUUUCAAGGAAUUGAGAUUGAAAAUAUUGUGUGGAGUUUUAUCAAACCCACCAAAGCAACAACAUCCAACAAACAGUCGACAGUUUGAAGUAAUUUAUGUGGAUUACGUCAUGGAUUACAUACAUAAUCAUCAAACCUACAAUCAAUUUGUAUCAAAUAAUAGUAUUGUUGGUUGAGGCAAUCAAUGUUGAAACCUACUGAACGGUACAUCUGAGUGAAACAAGAAACUAGAACAUCUAUCGAAAAGUUGACGAAAGUUUGAAGCAAUUCAUGUUGAAAACAUACCGUAGAUCUCAGCAACGCCACUACAGUUAUCAAACAGUCUUCAAAGGUUUUUACGAUAUUAGAACAAACUGUUCAUCCUCACCAGAUAAGAACAGCUAUGAAAGAGUCGUCGAUUUGGAGGAAUUCAUUAUAUAUUUAUAAACUAGACUGUUCGUUCGUUCUAUUGAAACAACAGAUUUUUAAUAGUCGUUGGUUUAAAGUAACUGAUGAGAUUAAAUAUUGAAAACAAACUUUUUACCAAACCCCGCCUUAUUAAUUGAAUAAAACCGUUAAAUUAAUUAAGGUAUAAAGCAAACAAGUUUAAUAAUUUAUUAUAAUAAUGUGUGAUGUUCUCCAGUAAUUGUUGUGAAUCUUCUAUGAUGAGUAAUUAACGAGAUGGAAGUAUUUCUAUUGGUGAGAAAUAUACUAUUUUUUAUGUUAUAUCAUAGUAGGGAUGUUUUAUUAAUUCAGAACCAUCAAGUUAUGCUUAUCUACUAAAGAAGCCUGGAAACUAGGAAAGAAAGGUAUGGAUGGAUACGAGAGAAUUAAAUAAUUCUACAUUUGUCACUGUAUCU